AUGACAUUUCUUCAACCGGCAAUACCUUUCGGACCCAUUGUCAUCUUGGGUCUAGUAGCCUUCCUUAUCCACCACCUGUACCGGUUGGCCCAUGAUCCUCUGCGUAGAGUGCCCGGCCCCUGGCUCGCGCGCUUCACGCGUCUGUGGGAACUUCAUCAGAUCCGUCGCGGCCAUUUCGAACAGAUUAAUGUCGAACUUCACCAAAGAUACGGCCCCAUCGUCCGCAUCGCCCCCAAUCGGUACAGCAUUUCCAGUCCCGCCGCCCUGCAGACGAUAUAUGGCCAUGGCAGCAAAUUUACCAAGGACCGCUGGUACCGCGCCUACGGCCAUCCUGAUGACUCCCAGGCCGACAUGUUCUCAGUCAUGGAUGAGCGGCGCCACGCUGCCCACCGCCGCAAGGUCGCCUCUAUGUUUAGCAUGACUUCGAUGGUCGCAUACGAGCCGUUCGUCAACAGCUGUAACACUACGCUAGUGGAACAGCUGUCCCAACGAGCCGCGCGUGGCGAGAGCGUGGCCAUCCCACGGUGGAUGCAGUACUACGCUUUUGACGUGAUUGGGGAGAUAACAGUCGGAGCCUCCUUCGGCAUGAUGCGCACCGGUGGCGACAUAGAUGGCAUCCUGCAAACACUCCAAGACAAUCUAUCCUAUAGUUCACGCAUGAGCUUGUUCGUUGAGCUGCAUUCUUGGAUAGGACAACUCAAUCAUUUGCUGGGCUCUCGCAGUUCUUUCGAAAAUAUCAAUGCCUUCGUCCACCGCCACCUGGCUGCACGUCGCCACGCCCGAUCCGAUCGCCCGGACUUCAUCCAGAAACUGAUUGACCUGCAGGAGGCAGGAAAGGUCAACGACCUGGAACUCUUCAACACUAUCAACGCCAACAUCGCUGCCGGCUCCGAUACUACCGGUCUCACUCUUAGCGCCGCCAUCUAUCAUCUGGCCCGGAACAAGAGCUGUGCAGAGAGGCUGCGCGAGGAGAUUGAUGCCCGACUGGCCGCGGGUCAGUUAUCGACACCCAUUUCGUUUUCAGAAGCACAGCAGAUGCCAUAUUUGCAAGCUAUCAUCAAAGAGGUCCUGCGCGUGCACCCGGCUGUGGGCUUGCCCUUACCUCGAGUUGUGCCUGCCCCAGGUGUCGAGUUGGAAAGAUACUUCUUUCCGAAGGGGACGGUUGUGGGGAUGAAUGCAUGGGUCGUGCACCGAGACCAGGAUGUCUUUGGCGCAGAUGCGGAUAUCUUCAGGCCCGAACGAUGGCUCGGCCCCAAGGAAGAAGUCGUGGUGAUGGACAAGACCCUAUUUUCGUUUGGUGCCGGCUCUCGAACUUGCGUCGGCAAGAACAUCAGUUUACUAGAAAUUACCAAGCUCAUCCCCGAGUUAUACCGUCGGUUCGAUUUUCAACUAGAAGGUGAUGAAUGGCGGACAGAUAAUGUAUUUUUCGUUAAGCCGAGCUUCACGUGUAGGGUGGUAUCGAGAGCUGAGGUGGAUUAA